AUGCUGCAUGAUGGCUUGGCGUCGCCCACGCGCAUCUUCACAAUUCAGUUCGAGGGCGAAGUGUUUCAGGCCUCUAUCAACUGCCGUGUCGUACGCACACUGCGUGAGCUUCUCACCGUAGCUGUGCCGUCCCCUCCCACUUUGUCUCCAUCUGCCACUGCGGCCGCAUCCUCGGCGAAGCACCAAGCACACUGGGUUGACGGCUGUAUUUGCUCAUUUGGCGGACAACGGUUGUCACUAGGGACGUCAACAGAUGUGGUACCGGCAGUGUUGCAGGUCAACUGGUUAGUACGCUAUCACCGCAGCAACAGUAUGAGUAGUGGCGGCGGCAAGACUUCGACAGGGCGUGUGAAUGCGUCCAAAAGGGCGCGAUCACGUGGUGCUGUAAAGACAGAGGAAGACGACAGCGACAAUGGUAAUGAUGAUAACUAUAAUGAUGAUUAUAAUGAUGAUGUUGAUGGUAGGAGCGGGGAUGAAGGAAGCCAGCAGCAACGCUCCUACUGGCGUCGCGACACCAGCAACAUCAAAGAUGAGGAUGAAGACGAUGACCAUGAUGAUGCCGCGUCGUGUGACUCACGCGGAAGCAACAGCAACAGCACUGGUAGCAGCGGCAGUAGUGCGCUGGGCCUACAGCGAAGGGAAGUGGCUGAGAAGGCCAAUGGUGAUAACAGCGACGACGACGGACGCCGCAUUGAGGCGGUGUUGCCCGUUGUGGUGGGCGGCGUUGUGCGCCUCGUCAAUAUGGAGAGUCGCGACAAGAGCCACGAGUGGACUGUCUACAUUCGCGGCCUAUUUAACGAGAACCAGUACCUUGCGCAAUGUAUCGAGUCGGUGCGCUUCAUUCUCGAUCCUUCCUUCACGCCGAGCGAGCGCCUCGUGACGACGGCGCCGUUUGAACUGACAGAGGUGGGCUGGGGCGAGUUUGUUGUCAAGAUGAAGGUGCAGUUACGGCACUACCCGCGCCCCAUUCAGGUCGAGCUGUCAUCAUCAUCGUUUGCAACAGCAGGAUCAGGAGCAAUGUCAACCGCAGUGGCGGAAAAAAUGGAUAUGAAGAUGGCAUCAGCUCUCUGGGUUUCACAAACAGGAUUGCAGAUGGCCGGACUCACGCGGGGGCCUGUUCUUUCGCCUGUUGUCGACUUGCUUAGCCGCCAUCGUUACUACAGCAACAACAAAACUAAUAGCAAUGGCAGUAAUAGCAAUAAUUUGGCGGCUCCGGCAUCGUCCAUUAGCAGCAGGCGGGCGCCCGUGAAGAAGGAGAUGAAAAAGGAAGAAGAUGUCGAGGAUGAUGAUAAGAGCAACAGGAAUCAUUACAUUAAUAACAUUAUUGCCAGUCAGACCCCUCCGCAGUCAUCCAUUGCAACACUGGAGAUGUGCCCAGGUGUGGUGAUACUUUCACACCUGUUGCGCUUCUCGCACCGUCCCCGCCGUGGGCACUGUAUCCCCCCACUGGGGCGACCAUACGAGCCUGAAGAGCAUAUUGGCUAUACGCUGGUGCAGGUGCCGGUGGUAACGGAGCAGUAUGACGAGAUUGUCGUGCCGGACCCGCCUCCUGAAAUUCGCCAGGUCGCGCAGGCGCUGCCGGACAUGCUGCGGCCCCGCAUCACCACAGUGAAGGCGGCUCGCGCACUGGCAGCACAGCCGCAGCACGCCAUGUCCGGCAGCACUCCACCGCUGCGUGCUGCUGCGGCGUUCAGCGAAAACGGCGUCUCGUGCUGGAAGUACGUCAUGGCGGAGGAGCCUGAUGACGCGGUACUGGCGGAGUCGUACUUGGAAAGCAUCUCUGUACCACUGUUUCCUCACCUCUCACGCCACGGGGCCGCGGCUGCGCCAUCGGUGGACCAGCAGCAACAGCAACAACAGCAACUGUACGGAGUCGACCCAUCCCUUGUGGUGAAGCCGGGACGCGGGCGGAGGAAGCUGACGGGUGCGGAGAUUGACCUCGCGGCGCUCAAGACAGCGAAGAAAGGGCUGGUGGAGGCCAUUGAGCGGAUGCGGCGCGAGGUGUCGCAGCGGCAGUCAGCACAUAUUUUUCAGCAGUACACGUAG